AUGCAUAUCCAACAUUGUCUUCUCAUGGAGCAAGUUAUUGAGCACCAUCUGAAUUUCAGGGAUGAAGAUCUGACUAAUUUCAAGGUAGAAUAUAUAAAGGAGGAAGAAGAGCCAUAUGUGCUUGAUAAUAAGGCAGAAGAUAUAGAGGAAAAAGAAGAGGCGUAUGUGACUGAUAUGAAGGCAGAAGAUCCAGAGGGAGAAGAAGAGACUUAUGUUAAUAUUAUUAAGGUAGAAGAUAUGGAGGGAGAGGAGACGCAUGUGAUGGGUGAACAGCAGUGUAAGGAGGAGGAAAUCCCUACAGAUAUCAGCACAGAUGGAUGUAACAGAAGAAAUAUAUUGGCUGAAUAUCCCAUUGUAUCUCCAGAUUGUGAAAUAGAAGAUAAAUACAUCACACAAGAUUCUAAAGGAGAAAUCCAUGUGAGCCCAGUUAUACAUCCAGUACCUCACAGUGCUGAUAUAUCAUCUGUUACCUCUAACCAUGAGCAGUGUUCUGAUAAUUCAAAUAUUGGUCCAUCUAUCACAGCUCUUACAGUAGAUGAGAUGUUUUCCAGUUCUAUAAAUGCUAGUUGCUUUAUACAGAGCACAAUACUUCUUACCAAUCAGCCUACUAAGACAGUUGGGAGGACAUUUCCAUGUUCUGAGUGUGGGAAAUGUUUUACACGCAAAUCAGAUGUUGCUAGACAUCAGAGAAAUCACACAGGUGAGAGACCAUUUCCAUGUUCUGAGUGUGGGAAAUGUUUUACACAGAAAUCAGGUCUUGUUGCACAUGAGAGAAGUCACACAGGUGAGAAGCCAUUUCCAUGUUCUGAGUGUGGAAGAUGUUUUACACGCAAAUCACUUCUUGUUAUGCAUCAGAGAAAUCACACAGGUGAGAAGCCAUUUCCAUGUUCUGAGUGUGGGAUAUGUUUUACACGUAAAGGAGAUCUCAUUACGCAUGAGAGAAGUCACACAGAUGAGAAACCAUUUUUGUGUUCUGAGUGUGGAAAAUGCUUUAUACGCAAAUCAAGUCUUGUUGUACAUCAGAGAUGUCACGCAGGUGAGAAGACAUUUUCGUGUUCCGAGUGUGGGAAAUGUUUUACACAGAAAUCGGAGCUUGUUAUACAUGAGAGAAGUCACACAGGUGAGAAGCCAUAUACGUGUUCUGAGUGUGGGAAACGUUAUUCACGAAAAUCACAUCUUGUUACACAUGAAAGAAGUCACACAGGUGAGAAGCCAUAUACGUGUUCUGAGUGUGGGAAACGUUAUUCACGAAAAUCGCUUCUUGUUGGUUUUCAAAACAGCAUGUCUAAGGCGGCCAAGACCUCCAAGACCUGUUAUGUUUGUACGAAAUGUAACAAGAAGAGCACGCGGGUUGGCAGCUCCGGGCUGUGCGACUCCUGCUUAAACAAGGACGCUCCACCUGGGAGCAGUGCUCUGGCCAAGGUAUGGGAAGACAACCGUGCUAAUAGAAUCUCCAUGGAGAUGGCUGAGUCGCGCAAGCAACAAUCAGAAUGGGCUGCGGGAUUCUCAAAGACGAUGGAGAAAUUCCUCAUCAGGUUAACGCCGCCCGCACCCGCAGAAACGAGUGGGCGCAAAGCGGUUAAAAGAACUCUCCCUAUGAUACAAGAAUCAGAGGAGGAAGAGGGUUUUCUUCCUGAUACGGAGGAAGAUAUUAUGAGCAGAGCGAACACCAGAGCAAAAAAAACGGGAGCUUCACAAGAUAUCUCGCAACAUUUCUCACGCCGGGAAAAACUGUCUGAAACCUCAUCUCCACCCCCACCGAUGCCUACCCCCAUUAUGGAUCAGACGGACGCACCUUCAACCAAGUCGGACAUUCAAUCCCUUCAGAACAUGAUCUUAGACCUCAAGAACUCUUUCACGACAGCUCUUCAAUCAGCGAUCGGGGAAUUAAAAUCAGAUAUGGCGGCUCUAGACUCCCGCACAACCGCGCUGGAAUCACGGGAAGACCACCAACAAAAUUUCCGCAAACAAGUGGGCGAGGACUUGAGCUACCUAUCCAACGAGCUGGAAAUCCUCAAGGAUAAAGUUGAGGAUAGCGAAAAUCGCGAAAGGCGGAAUAAUUUACGCGUCCGCAAUAUCCCCGAAUCUGUCUCAACUUCCGAACUGGAACCAUACCUUCGACGCUUGUUCCUUCACUUGGUUCCGUCGCUUACGGACUCUGCCAUCUUGAUAGAGAGAGCGCACCGCGCCCUGAGGCCUAAACCGAAGGAUUCUGACCCUCCCCGCGACGUCAUCCUCCGGUUUCUGUCCUUCAGGAUUAAAAAUAGUAUCACACUGGCGUGCAGGAAUUCAACCACAAUUUUAUUUGAAGACUCCCGGAUUCAGAUUUACCAAGACUUAUCACCGGUGACCAUUGCUAAACGGCGUGAUUUACGUGCCGUCACUUCUACACUGCGCGACAAUGGUUACAAGUACCGCUGGGGGUUUCCCUUUCGCCUCAUUGUGGAGAUUGAUGGCAAAGUUCACACCAUCCGCUCUCCUGAUGAAGGGGACAAGCUUCUUCGAAAGCUGCAGCACACGUCACCUGUGCCUCCACCUCACUCACUGAUACAUGAGAGGCACAAUGACCAGAAGAUCCUGGAACUCACCAACAAGAUCAUUCACCUGCUGACUGGAGAGGAGGGGGAGUAUAUAGAGGAACACAGGGGUCUGUACAAGGACGUGAUAAUGGAGAAUCACCGGCCCCUCACAUCACUGAGUAAGAGGAGACUGUCAUGUAUUGUACAGGGGAGAGCAGAUGGGCCCAGUAACAGAGAUACCCCAGAGAGAUAUCCCCGUCCUCUGUAUUCCCAGGACUGUACAGAGGAAAAUCACAGGAUCCCACAGGAGUAUCAGGAUGAAGGCCUGACUAAUUUCAAGGUUGAAUAUAUUAAGGAGGAAGAAGAGGCAUAUGUGCUUGAUAAUAAGGAAGAAGAUAUAGAGGAAAAAGAAGAGACGUAUGUGACUGAUAUGAAGGCAGAAGAUAUAGAGGGAGAAGAAGAGACAUAUGUGACUGAUAUGAAGGCAGAAGCUAUAGAGGGAGAAGAAGAGACGUAUGUGACUGAUAUGAAGGCAGAAGAUAUAGAGGGAGAAGAAGAGACAUAUGUGACUGAUAUGAAGGCAGAAGCUAUAGAGGGAGAAGAAGAGACAUAUGUGACUGAUAUGAAGACAGAAGAUAUAGAGGGAGAAGAAGAGAUUUAUGUUAAUGUUAUUAAGGUAGAAGAUAUGGAGGGAGAGGAGACGCAUGUGAUGGGUGAACAGCAGUGUAAGGAGGAGGAAAUCCCUGCAGAUAUCAGCACAGAUGGAUGUAACAGAAGAAAUAUAUUGGCUGAAUGUCCCAUUGUAUCUCCAGAUUGUGAAAUAGAAGAUAAAUACAUCACACAAGAUUCUAAAGGAGAAAUCCAUGUGAGCCCAGUUAUACAUCCAGUACCUCACAGUGCUGAUAUAUCAUCUGUUACCUCUAACCAUGAGCAGUGUUCUGAUAAUUCAAAUAUUGGUCCAUCUAUCACAGCUCUUACAGUAGAUGAGAUGUUUUCCAGUUCUAUAAAUGCUAGUUGCUUUAUACAGAGCACAAUACUUCUUACCAAUCAGCCUACUAAGACAGUUGGGAGGACAUUUCCAUGUUCUGAGUGUGGGAAAUGUUUUACACGCAAAUCAGAUGUUGCUAGACAUCAGAGAAAUCACACAGGUGAGAGACCAUUUCCAUGUUCUGAGUGUGGGAAAUGUUUUACACAGAAAUCAGGUCUUGUUGCACAUGAGAGAAGUCACACAGGUGAGAGGCCAUUUCCAUGCUUGGAGUGUGGGAAAUGUUUUACAGACAGAUCAGCUCUUGUGACACAUAAGAGACGUCACACAGGUGAGAAGCCAUUUCCAUGUUCUGAGUGUGGAAGAUGUUUUACACGCAAAUCACAUCUUGUUAUGCAUCAGAGAAAUCACACAGGUGAGAAGCCAUUUCCAUGUUCCGAGUGUGGGAUAUGUUUUACACGUAAAGGAGAUCUCAUUACGCAUGAGAGAAGUCACACAGAUGAGAAACCAUUUUUGUGUUCUGAGUGUGGAAAAUGCUUUAUACGCAAAUCAAUUCUUGUUGUACAUCAGAGACGUCACGCAGGUGAGAAGACCUUUUCGUGUUCCGAGUGUGGGAAAUGUUUUACACAGAAAUCGGAGCUUGUUCUACAUGAGAGAAGUCACACAGGUGAGAAGCCAUAUACGUGUUCUGAGUGUGGGAAACGUUAUUCACGAAAAUCACAUCUUGUUACACAUGAAAGAAGUCACACGGGUGAGAUGCCGUUUUCGUGUUCUGAGUGUGGGAAACGUUAUUCACGAAAAUCACUUCUUGUUGUACAUGAAAGAAGUCACACAGGUGAGAGGCCGUUUCCGUGUUCUGAGUGCGGGAAAUGUUUUACACGCAAAUCAGUUCUUGUUGUACAUCAGAGAAUGCACACUGGUUAUGAUUAGAAGAUGGGAAUGGACAGAAAUCAGAUUCUACAAGAAUAAAAAUAAUUCAGCGCUAAAGAUAAAAACAUUCAAUGUUUAUUACACACAAAUAGUGCUAGUCAUAUAUAUGACAUACAUUUAGAAAUUAUAUAUAAAUAUACUGUUGCAACAGGAAAAAUAAAAAAUAUAUAAAAAACACCAAUAGAUGUGGGGCAAGGAGCAACACUGCUGAAAAAUAAAUGUUUCAGUAUAAACUGAUCUGUUUAGCUGGGAAAAUUCAUAUGAAGGCCUGCUUCCUAGGGAAAUUGUAUUAAGCCAGAGAUUACCAGUUCCAUUUGAGUCCUCCAAUAGGUUAGCACUCCUGUGUAGCAAUGGAGAUCCUCUUACUGGCUGUAUUUUUCCAUGAUGGUACUCUGCUGCAGGGUGGACCGUAGCAAGGUCUUUCACAAUGGCUUGUCAGAAAGUGUCCCAAUAGGACCGCAGUUCCCAAUCACUGGACAGCAGGCUUGUGUCAAAGAUUUAAGAGUCCCAGACUUGUCACUAACGCGUUUCACUGCUGGAGCAGCUUUUUCAAGGUAUACAAGCAGUGUGCCAAAAAGCCCUUUAUAUAGCAGUGUUUGAUCACAAUACCCCACAGGUGUGUACAAAUCAAUCAGUACAAAUAUUGUUCAAAUUAAAGAACUAACCUAACAUAAUUAAAAUGUUGACAGCCAGAAGAAUAGUCCUAAUAAGCAAUCAAAAAAACGAGGUUCAGAAAGUAUAAAUUAACCAACAUUUAGUAUUCUUAAUAUGGUCACAUGGUCAUUAAUCCCGGAAGUGGGAAGUAUUACAAUAUCUUGCUGUGCCUGAGUAUCAAGCCUCUUUCAUUUAUUUAAGAUGGACACAUACUGUGACCAAUCGGAUGUUGAUCACAUGGUCACAGAUCAGUCACGUGAUCGGACUCCGAUCACGUGAUGUGGCCGAUCCCCCCCCCCCCCCCGUUGCCUAGAAGCAAUGGUAACUGUUCUACAGCGGAGACAGGUAUCGUGCCCCGUCCCCACUGAUGAGCUCACAGGGAAGUGAGAUAUUCUCUUCAUCAGUCACGUGAUCCAGUUACGGUCACGUGACCUAGCGUGUCAUCAUGUUGCCCAGCAACAAUAUUAAACAAUAAGAUAUCCCCUUUGUUUAUUUUAAAAUAAAACAAUAUAUAUGGAUCUAACUCGGCGACCAGCCUCAGAACAGUCGUGUCCGUGGGCUAGAUGAGGCGCUCCGUCCACCGAUGUCGCCACACGGUCGACAGCACCGCGCCCGUCUCACACCACCCAGGGCCGGCCAGGACACAGUGUCAUCAUACCGCCCAGCGGCAGCAACAGACGCCACACACCCAUAGGACCACGGACAUAAUUAAAGCAUAAAGGAUAACAUUCAUACAGGUUGAGUAUCCCUUAUCCAAAAUGCUUGGGACCAGAGGUAUUUUGGAUAACGGAUUUUCCGUAUUUCGGAAUAAUUGCAUACCAUAAUGAGAUAUCAUGGUGAUGGGACCUAAGUCUAAGCACAGAAUGCAUUUGUGUUGCAUAUACACCUUAUACACACAGCCUGAAGGUAAUUUUAGCCAAUAUUUUUUAUAACUUUGUGCAUUAAACAAAGUGUGUCUACAGUCACACAGUUCAUUUAUGUUUCAUAUACACCUUAUACACACAGCCUGAAGGUCAUUUAAUACAAUAUUUUUAAUAACUUUGUGUAUUAAACAAAGUUUGUGUACACUGAGCCAUCAGAAAACAAAGGUUUCACUAUCUCACUCAAAAAAGUCCGUAUUUCGGAAUAUUCCGUAUUUCGGAAUAUUUGGAUAUGGGAUACACAACCUGUAUAACAUCCUAAAUAUGUAGUCACUCAUUGCGUCUCAUAAAAUCUAAUUGGUUAGGUCAUCACAUCAGGGAGAGAAAACGCUAGGUCCUUAAUUAGUACCCAUAGACAUAUUAGAAAUAGGUCCCCCGUGGCAGCGAUGACCCCAUAUAUAGUCAAAACUGUAUGGGUUCGAUGGUCACAUGGUGUUGAUAAUACAAUUUAUCACAAAUCAUGGCUGCCAAAGGGAACCACAAUAUAUAUAUAUAUAUAUAUAUAUAUAUAUAUAUAAACGAUAUGGAGAGAUUUAUAUAUUGCAAUAAUUCCAGUUCAGAACCCACUAAAAUAUCUGUUGGUAAAAAUAAACCCAAAUAAAUUACCAGUUUUUAUAUUUAGUAAUAUUGUCACUUUGUAAUUAUAUGUAUGUGAAUAUAUAUAUACACCCACAUACAUCCCAAAUCUACAAAUGAUUAAAAAAUAUGGUCAUAUACACCCAACCAAAAAACGGAAUAUAAUCGUAAUUAGUUAAAGCCACAAUUGAAGUCUUACAGCAUCUGUCAGCACCAAUCCUACCUUGGUAGUUUUUUCCUUAAGAAAUCAGAUUCUGUUAAACUAUAAAUUACUCAUACGCCUUUACUGAGGUGACACAUUUGCAAGCAUAAAUUGUUUUCUUUUAACAAGUUUUAUUUUUUUUUUUUUCAUCAUAUAAAUUUUUAUUUUAUGUCAGAAACACAUAAUUCAAUUGCUAUAGCAUAAACCGUAAACAGUAAACAGGGGGCUGUAUAGCCAGAAUUGUUACUAACACAAAUACAAAAAGUUUCUUUACGAGAACGGUAAGAGAGCGUGGUGUGGUUGAUAGAGGAGUCAUGUAGGAGACGGAGAACUCGAAAACAAGGAGUUCAGAGUUAUGUAAGAAGGGAGAGAGUGAGGAAAUAGAACAAUUUCUUCGAGAGGAUGCGGGUCCAGGGGAUAGGAGAAGAGAGAGAAGAGGAAAGAAAGAAA